AACCAUUGGGACAAUGUCAUUUUGAAGCUGCCAUCCUCGUGCACAAAAUAGAACGCACGAAACGACAUAUAAGUGAAUAGACGUCAUCUGUAUGCGCCGGAAGAAGAGGGGAAGCUGGUAGUUACUCCUGAGUGCAGAAAAAGUCCUAAUCAGAGCAACCAAUGAGGUGACCAUGACCUGUUUAACAAUCCCUGUGGUUGAUAUCCACAAUGAGAACUUCGGUGAACUCUGGCCUUCCCUGUUGCUGGCUCUGAAGACAUCCACUUUUAUAGCUGUAGACACUGAGCUAAGUGGCUUGGGAGAAAGGAAGAAUUUGCUAAACCAGUGUGUAGAGGAAAGGUAUAAAGCGAUAUGCCAUGCUGCGAGAACACGGUCAGUCCUCUCUUUGGGUAUUGCUUGCUUCAAAGAACUACAAGAAAAGGGGGAGAAUGCAUACUUGUCUCAAAUUUUCAACUUGACACUAUUGUGUAUGGACAACUAUACCAUAGAACCACAGUCUGUACAGUUUCUAGUUCAACACGGCUUUGACUUCAACAAACAAUACUCAGCAGGUAUCCCUUACCAGAAGGGCAAUGACAAGGGCCAUGAACAUCAUGUGAAGGGGGUUCGAACUCUGUUUCUGGAGUUGCUACGUGCGAGAAAGCCUUUGAUCUUGCAUAAUGGCUUGAUAGACCUGGCUUUCCUUUAUCAGUGUUUCUACGCCCAACUUCCGGACAAUUUGGGCAGCUUCAUUGCUGACCUCUCAGAAAUGUUUCCAGCAGGAAUCUAUGACACCAAAUAUGCUUCAGAAUUUGAGAUUCGUUUAACAGCAUCAUACUUGGAGUAUGCGUAUAAAAAAUGCAAGCGUGAGAACAGUAAGUUGAUUGAUUUACACACGAAACACCUGAGCAUUGAGUUUUGCCGUUACCCUGCCAGCAUGUCUACUUUUGUGGAUUAUCGGAACUGCUCUAUGCCAGACCCAAACAAGUCCAAUGCUGUAGAGGAGAACAUCUGCGAGAGGUUUUCAGCAUAUGGCUGGUGUCCAAAUGGACUUAAUUGUACCCAGUCUCACAAUAUUGACCUUAUUAUUGAUGAGGAUGAAAAGACAUGUGAAGAAAAGAAGGAAAAGAAGAAAAAGAAGAACAAGAGGAAAAGACAAAAAUCCAUGGAGCCUUCAGAUCAAAGUGUAAAAGAAGAGGGUCCAGAAACAGGGUUGUUUACUGAGAUGGAACCCCCGAGAAAGCAAUCAUGUGGGACCACUUCAUUGGCUGGUACUAGUAUUACACAUGGGUGUUUAACUGAGGGUUUACAGGAAGAACUUUCAGGCACAUUAGAUUGUAGAAUGGAAGAAGACAAAGAGAGCAAGCGUCAUAUUAAUGAAACCGCUGUAAGGAGUGAGGAUCCUGCAGUUGAUGUGAAAACAAUUUCAACUAUAAGUCCAAUUGAAGGCACCAAAGACUUGACGGGAGGAGUAAAACGAGAGAACUCCAAAUCUGCUGAAGGUGGCACCCACAGAGCUGGGUUUGAUGCCUUUAUGACAGGUUAUAUUAUGGGCUAUGCAUGGAUGCUAAAGAAAGGGGAAAGCUCCGACACCUCCCCAGGAAACUGGCUUCCAGAUUGCCAUAAUAAAAUAUACCUGAGUGGAAAAAAUGUCCCACUUCAGAUUGUGAAAAGUGUUUUCUCCAAAUCCUCCAGGGCCCACGCUCAGAAGAUGAAACUGCUGUCUGAUAGCAGCUUGUGAACAGUGGUUUGUUUUGAUUUCAUUCAUAAGGCUACGGGCGCACAUGCUGUUGGCAGGCUGCAUAUUUUUGCAGGCUGAGAGAAGCAGAUCUGCUCAGUGCCCCUGCUCAAUUGAUUUGAAUCUGGUCAGUCUGUGUGUGGUCAGUAUUUGGGUUGACCUCAGCCUGUGUGUGACUGCACACAGGCUGAUCUGAUUCAAAUAAAUGGGACAGGGGCACUGAUCUGCUUCUGCAUAUCUGCUUCUCUCAGCCUGCAAAAAUAUGCGGCUAACAACAGCCUGUGAGCCCAUAGCUUUAGACUUAAGCUGGCCAUAGACGCAAAGAUCUGAACGUACGAAUCAAGGAUCCGUAAGAUUUUCGGACCGAGUCUGGAGAGUCCCGACAUUUUUCAUCCGGCGGAGAUCAGUCGUUUGGUCGAUCGGACAGGUUAAAAGAUUUCUGUCGGCUGGGGGUAAUAUCUCUGCAUGUAUUGCCGAUCGUACGAUUUUCAGUGGGAGACUGUCACUAGCUUUGGUCGGACAUAACUUUCGUACGAUUGCUGUCAGGGGCAGAACAUCGGCUGAUCUGUUCUUUUGUACUUUAUUUGAUCGGAAUGGUUAGUGGCAGGUCGGGAGAUGGGAAAAUCCGAUCGUACGAAUCUUUGCGUCUAUGGCCAAUUUUAGGCUCAAGCCUGUUUAUUACUAUAAUUACCACGAGGAGCAGUGGGGGAAAAAGGAAAGUUCAGGCUCAUUUCUCACCACUAGAAUGUAAGGAGCCAUUUAUUUUAAAACAAGAAUCGAUGAGUUCUUAAAGUAAGAUAAGUUGGCUGUGUUGAUGGUCGAAUGUAUGUUCUCUUAAUUUUGGCAAGGUAAAACAUCCACUAGUUUAUGGCUGUUACCCCCGUUCUCCCAACACUUGUGAAUGCCAGCACCCAUUAUCUUCAAGUGGUAAACCAACUGCGGAUGUUUUCUGUAUAUUGACAUUUUAUUUCCUGUUUAAAUCAUUUCACAAUUAAAUCUGCAUAAUCUUGUCUACUUUUA